CGCCCAUGGGCUCCGCACCAGCGGCCCCGCCGCUGCGGUACCGCAGCACCCGCCUGCUGCGCGCGGCCUUCCAGCUCCUCCACCAGCAGCAGCAGCGGGCGGACGUGUUCUGCGAUGUGGUGCUGCGGGCUGAGGGCGAGGCAGUGGUGGCCCAUUGCAGCGUCCUCUCCGUCUGCAGCCCUUUCUUCAUGGAGCACCUGGGCCCGGAGCUGCCCCCCCGGGGCUGCAGGGUGGUGCUGGAGCUGGCGGGGCUGAAGAUUGGGGUGCUGCGCAAGCUCGUGCGCUUCUUCUACACGGCCGAGCUGGAGGUGGAGCAGGAGGAGGUGCAGGAGGUGCUGGCAGCCGCCCAGCGCCUCCGCAUCACCGAGCUGGAGGCGCUGCAGCUGCAGGGGGGACGCCUGGUGAGGCUGGGACCCCAGAGGCAGCUCAACCGCUCCUGCCUGUGCUGCCCCCAGCAGGGCUCCCCCGCCAUGCCGCUCCACAGGGCUGUGCCCAGCGGCGCCAGCAUCCCCCCUGGGAGCACUGGGGUGUCCCCCCAGGGGCAGCCAUACUCUCCGGGGCCGACACAUCUCAGCCCCAUCAGGCGAGUGAGGCUGCGGAAGGUGGAGAGCAGGGGAUGCUGGGAGGUGGUGCGGGACACGCCGACCCCCCCCACCUUUCCCACGGUGCCAGUAGGCCAUGGGGAGUUGACAGGAGCACAGCCCCCCCAGGAUGUGGGUGAACUGGGAAGCGGACAGUCCCCACCUCAGCAGAACUCCAGUGCAGCCUGGAGGCAGCAGGACGGGGAGCCCCCUGUGCCCCAGCAGGGCUGUGGGCAGGCAUUCCCCAGAGGUGACCCCGAGAAUGAGGAGGAGGUGGAUGUGGGCACAGUGGAGCCGUUCCUGCCAGUGGGCACAGUCUGCCUCUGGCCCUGCCCCUCCUCUGAGUCAGAUGAUGAGGUGGAUGUCCUCACAUAGGGGGGGCUGGCUCUGUCCCCCGCCACUGCCUGCCCUCGGGGCUGUAUCCCCUGGCCUC